UUCCGACUGUCGAGGUGGAUACUUGCCAAGUCUCCCUCGGUACGUUUGUUGCGUAUUUUAACUGAUUUCAACCGCAAUCUGUUUAACUUAUAUUUUUGAUACUUUGAUACUCUGCUAUUUAGUUUAAACUGUCUACUAAUGGGCUGAUGAGGACACUGUGUUGUCGCGACGUACUCUAUUUCUUUUGAAUUGUGUAAAUAUAUUCUAGUUUCAAUUUGUCACCUAAAGCUCGUCGUUGUUUUUUUUGGCCUUGACUCUCGUUAUUUCGUUUUAUCACGUUUAGUAGAGAUAAAAAUUUUUUAAUAUUACGUGUAAUUCGCUCGAGGGCAGGACCGGCCCGCUCGAAAUAGUACAAUCGCCCCAAUCGGUAAUUCGCAGCUUAGCCCACGUCUCAAAUUAGGUCGAGCAAGUAUACGGAAUAAAAAUGCAGGAUGAAAAAUUAUUAAUAAAUUCAGUUAAUGCGGCGUGAAGUUGAUGAUGAGCGGACAAUUGCGCGUGGUUUUAUUUUUUAACAAAAGCUCGAUCGAAGUGUUAUCGCGCGGAUGACAGGCUCGGCUAGAUGAUCAACAACGUGUAUAUCACAUACACGCGGUAUUAAUAAAGACGUGAAAACGUGAAUAAGAUGUCAGCCACGGCGAUAUAAAUAAAUGGCGGGCGGCAAUAAUAAUGGGAGCGAAGCGUAAAGCGGGAAUCGAUGCAAAAACCGUGGGGUGGAGUUCGCGUACUGCCUGCACGGUUGGGAUUUUUCAGGCCAAGGUUCUCGCGAAAAGGCAAGAUUUGCGAAAACCCGAACUGACAUUUGACCCUCCCCCUCGUGCGACCGCGCGACACGCGCAUUUUUGCCCGAUAAUUAUAUCCGGAAAUGUAAAAACCGACGAAAAAUAUAAUAGGACACGAAAAACGUUAUAUGUUAUUUUCACCCGAAACCGACGAGUGCUUUUUACGAGAUUUACUCCGAUUCGCUGAUACCCUUUGAAACAAUUUUCUUCUCGCGAAAAAUGCCGGUACCAACGGUUUUCGAGUGUUUAGCGAUUAAAGAUAAAGCUGCUUUUCGCAAAUUAUACGCCGGAGGGAUGACAAGACAUCUCUUUUUUACUGAAUUCCAAAUAUAAUUUAAAGAUGGAAGAGACACAGGGAGAUAGAAUUUUAGAAUGUCAAAAUGGAAAAAUGUCCACACGUCGGGAAGCGCACGAUUGGGAAACGGUCCAAAUUAAAUAAAGAUUCGACGAGGUAUAAAUCGUGAUGUAUAAAAGUCGGCGAUAAAUGAGACAUAAAUCUGGUUAUAAUAAUUGGUAAUUUCUUCAUCGGUUAACUUUGCUUCGUAUUUUCUUACGGAGUUGAUAUCGGCUCGGUCUUUUAAAGGCUUAACUACCCCGCACCGAGUGCUCUCCUGGCAUGCUUCGGUCGGUGAACGCUUUCCCUCUUCAUUUGCCCUCCUAUCGCUCCGCCGAUCCUGCUGACCCAAGCCAACUCUUCCACGUAGAUCCUUUUUUCGCAGGUCGCGAUUCGCGCUAGAAAAAUCUCGCGGAACGAGUCGCCGUCGCCGUCGCCGUCGUCCCCGACAGCGGGGACUUAUUCGCGGGCCCGAGUGGCCGCGAUGCACGAGCGUGAGACCGGGACCCGGGCUCGUAAUAAGACCCGUCGGCCAGUUUUUUUUCCGGCUCCUCUCUCUCUCUCUCUCUCUCUCCUUCCAGUCUUUCUCUACCUCUACGGCCUCUUUCUUCGGUUUUACCCCCGCGCCCUUCUCUCCCUCACCUCCUCCUUUCUCUCCAACGGCGGCACCGGUAUUAAUUUAUACGCGGUACGUGUGUGCACGCCGCUUUUUCUCGCAGUUCCUCGAAAUUUGCAAGAAACUAGUCGGACACUCCGGCGUCCCCUCGCUCGUCGUCCGAGGAGGCGAGCUCGCGCGAUCGUUCUGGCACGAUGGCGCGACGAUGGCGCGGAUGAUCGAGGGUGAUCGGCGCGAGGGUAGUGAUUGCGAUUAUACACUGGCAGACUGAAUUAAUCUGAAUUAAUAACUUUCCCUAAUUCGCCCAAAUAUAUAUGGUAUCACUAACGGUAUUAGUAAUUUUAUAAUUUAACAAUAUGCAACAAAGGGUAUAGAUACCAGAGAUACCGGAGGUACAAUAGCGGCGCCGUUUAUCCCGGGAAAAAAUUCAGUAACGGAGAAAUCUGAUAUUUUCAACCGUUUCUGAAAAAGUCCGACCGGGGUGAGUGAUUAAUAAAUGUCGGCGAUAAAACGGAGAGCACCGAGCGCUUCUUGAUUCCCUUCUUGUCGCUUCGUGUAUUGUUCCACGCCCAGGCUUUAUUUCGUAUUACUUGAGACGGUAGUGUCAUGUUAGAAAUCGAGAUACCGCCCGAUGUGUUACCGCAAGCAAACUGACUUAGGCUUUGUACUGGAACGUUAUCAAAGCCUAAUUUUAUAAUUUAACAAUAUGCAACAAAGGGUAGAUGUCAGAGAUACCGGAGGCACAAUAGCGGCGCCGUUUAUCCCGGGAAAAAAUUCUGGAUAACUUGAUAACUGGAACGUUAUCAAAGCGGACAGGUGAGAUGUGUGAUGCGCGCAAAGGCCGAAUCAGACUAGCAAUUGCCGACUCGGAUUGGAUUGGAAUUGGCGAUUGACGAUUGACCUCCACCCAAUGAGAGUCGAUUAAAUCGCUGGCUGCUUUGCUCUCAUUGCCUACAGGACAAUCGUCUUAAGAACAACGUCCCAGUAGAUACCAACUAACACUAACGUUACGUCAAUAUUAUAACUUCUUACUCGACGAUGUAACUGUUACGUGCAACACGUGUUACACUUGUAUUGUCGAGUGGGAAAUUAUAAUAAUAUAAUAUUACUGUUAGUUGGCGUUUACCGACGUCUUAUGUGUAAGCAUCGCCCUUUAAUUAGUUCAACCCAAUCGCUCGUGGAACAUCGUCGGUCGUCGCAUCCGCCAGACUGUCUAAUUGCGAGGCAAUUGAUUGUCGAACGGCCCACGGUCGCCGAUUGUUACUGCGUCGUCGACGAUAAACUGAAAAGGCCAAAAACCGCUGAUCGCGGGACCGAUUCUUCGCCGCUAAUUGCGCCGCGGGCUCUCUCUCUUAAUGAACCCCCUUAACGAAUGCGGUGUGUGCGAUUUUCAGUGGUGCAGACGUCCGUGCCGCAGAACGAGGCCGAGCUGCAGCUGUACAGGGUGAUGCAGCGCGCCUCGCUACUGGGAUACUACGACACGCUCCUCGAGAUGGGAGGCGACGAUGUGCAGCAGCUGUGCGACGCGGGCGAGGAGGAGUUCCUGGAGAUCAUGGCUCUGGUGGGCAUGGCCAGCAAGCCGCUUCACGUCAGGAGGCUUCAGAAAGCCUUGCAGGAGUGGCUCACUAAUCCCUCGCUGUUCCAAACGCCGGUCGUGCCGACGACCGCCGCAGCCGCCGCCGCCGCCGUCGUCGCCGCCGCGGCGGCCGCCAAGAGCCCGGUCGCCGCCGCCGUGGGUUUCGCGUGCGCGAGCCCGCGACCGCAGAUGCAGAGCCUGCCGACCGGCUUCGCCGCAACCUCCCAGGCCACCCUGACGCCGACGUCCUACGUGUCGACGACGCCCCACAUGCCGCUGACGCCGCUGCCCUGCCGUAGCGCCAGCCCGGUCGUGCCGGUCACCAGCGUGUCCUCGGCGUCAGCGUCCUCCACGACCUUCCGCCAGAGCCCGAGCCCGAACACGUCCCUACCUUACGCGACCACUCAUAGCCCCAAUGUGUUACAGGUAGGAACGUGCGAGUCUUCGUGCGGUAGCGGAACCACGCCGAGUCCGAGCGGCGGCGGUGGUGGCGGCGGCGGCGGUGGCGGUGCACCUGCGAGCCCGACGCAGCCGACGCCGACCCUCCUGCAGUCACAGGUGCAGCGGCUCGCCGAGGCCGCCGAGAGGCUCGUCGCCACCAUAAGGCCCCUCGAUCCCAAACCCCACAACGUGAAGAAAAAACUCUGCAAGAACCUGGAGAUGGUAAUGACGAUGUCCGACAGUGAUCCGCGCAAAAUGGACGAGAUCCGGAAGUACGCGGCGAUCUACGGCAGAUUCGAUUGCAAGAGAAAGCCGGAGAAGCCUCUCACGUUGCACGAGGUGUCGGUGAACGAAGCGGCCGCGCAAAUCUGUAGAUUCGUGCCUGCCCUCCUCACCAGGAGGGACGAGUUGUUCCCUUUGGCGCGUCGCGUCGUCCGCGAUUCCGGCUAUCACUACUCGAAAAGCCAAUACUUGUCGAUGUCGAGGCCGCGCGAGAACGGGGAGGAGACCGACGGCGAGCGCGCGAAACGCCGGAAGCUCGAGCUGGAGGGUGAGGGUGAGGACGCGACGCAGGAGGAAUUGGAUCUACGCUGUUCAGGAACAGAUAUUAACAAUUCAAUCACUAGGAGACCCAGGUCGUCGAGUCCAGUCUGGAGGAAGAAGAGUAAUAAUGGUAUAUUCAGCGCCAGCGUGGAGGAAAUCAGCGACUCGGAUAGCCAGUUCUCUUUCUCUAACGAGGAAUCUUCGUCUAUGCACGACACAAACGAGGCGGAGGCUGAGAACACCGACAAAGAAGGUGACUUCAAUCUAAAGGUGAUAGCCUCGCGCGGAGACAACAUAAUCGCCGUGGCGAAUCCUGCGCUAAUGGAAUGCAGUCAUCCCAUAAAAGAGGAGCCGGCGGACGAGAAACCUACACUGUGAUAUUAUUACUUAGCGUUUACUGCCGCUACCGAUGUCUCGACGACGUGAACGGCAACUGUCCCGCCGUUGUCAACCGCGUGAACAUCGUCCACGUGUGUUAUCGAGAGCACGAUAGCACUCGUGGCAGCAAUCGUCGAAAUAACAUUCACCCGCUAGAAUAUGACGCCGGUUGGAACGACCUGUCUCGCUUUUAUCCUUGUUCGAAGAAAAAACAUCUACGACGUUAUCUAAUUCUAGCAAAAUAUAACGAAACCACGACACUGUAUAGCGAUUACGAACGUGAGAACAUCUAGAAGGCGAUAGAUGAAUAAAAAUUAAGCCGUUUAAAUCAAAAGGCCGUCGACUGAAGUAUAUAUACUGUAGCAUUAUAAAAUGUAUAUUAUAAGCAAAUGUAAAUAUAGGUAAAUAUAUAAGGGUCUGUUUUUUUACAUGCGCCGUUGCGUUGUAGCUUCAUUUGAAGGAUUCAGAGUCACCUCUCGCAGAGCGAGCGAUCGAUUUAUCUUGUCCUCUGUAUACGUUUUUAUAAAAUACUAAUACCUACGUUAAUUAUUUUGUCAAAUAACAAUUACUCCUUGUUGCUCUCACGAAAAGAUUAUAAGGAACGGCUCUUUUACGUCUAUGAUAUAUCUGUUACGAACAAUUUCUACACAGCGUUAAAUAUUUCAAAGAACAAAGAGGGAUUUUCUUUUUCCCGUAAUGUAUCGAAAGUUCUCAAAAGAGUUUUUACAAUUCGAUGUACGAUAUUUAAUGCCGCGCGUUACGACAGAAUGUAUAAAUACAAUAUUCAACUCAAACUCUUUUAAAUUAAAAACCCCGUCUUGAACCGAACAUUUCUAAAUUCAAUUUUUUUUAUUGCUGUUCUCCAUUUAAAAUAAAGGUGCAGGUCGAAGAAGAAACUAGGAAUCAUUUAGACUUCAUCAAUUCGUUACCCAACGGUUGUCAAUUGUUUUAUGUUAAUUUUUUGUUAAUACGCAGUAAAUUUUUACGUUUGUAUAGUGUAAUUACGUGCAUUAUAGAUGUUCUGUACUGCUAGUGAAUACCGAAACGCAGACAAUGUAUACAAUAAAUUUGCAGCACUGCCAGUAUUUUAAAAUACGAGUAUGCCCCUCCAUAUACAGGAUGUCUCAUUUGUAACGAAGAUCAUAAACAUUUAACAGAUUUAAGAAAACUUUUAUCUCGAAACGUUAUUUGUCGCAAAUUUUCCGCAUUAAGUAUCGUUGUGAUUCUUAAAUUAAUAAUCAGAUCAGCUGGAUAGGAAAUGAGAAAUUCGAUUGUACGUACCAGAAAGAAACCUGAGAGCGGCCGCGCCGGUUUUAUGCGUCGUCUACAAUGU